AUGCAGUAUGAGCUUGACCUUGAGCUCUUUGAUGUUGUCAGUGUUGAGGAGAGCCAAGCGGCUCUUGCCCCGAGGACUAUAUGCUACCUUGUCAAGAAAGCUGAGGGCAAGUGGUGGCCUAGGCUGCUCAAGAAGGAAGGCAAACCACCUGUGUUCCUCAAGGUUGACUGGGAUAAAUGGCAAGAUGAGGAUGAUGAAGACGCUGGAUUUGGUGACUUUGGUGAUAUGGACUUCUCGAAGCUGGAUAUGGGAGGUGGUGAUGACGAUGAUGAGAUUUUGGAGCAUGAUGAAAACAAUGUGGUUGACAAUGCUAACAAAGGAAGCUUAUGA